AUGAAGAAAUCUAGAGAAAACAAUAACGGUAAUGAUAAUGGUAACGACAACGAUAACAGUAACGAGAACGAGAACGAUAACAGUAAGGAUAACGAUAACAGUAACGAUAACGAGGAGAACGAUAACGAUAACGAUAAUGAUAAGGAUGAUGAUGAUGAUGAUGAUGAUGAUGAUGGUUAUGAUGAUAAAAAAACUACCACUAAACACUCAUCUCGUUUUUAAUCCGUUUGCACCCUGGAAAUCAUGUCACUCAAAAUUUUUCGGUCGAAAACUAAUCGAUUGCAUAUGCUUCUGAUCGUACAUCCGACAAGUUUUGGCUUUUUCCCGCUAUUUUGGAGAACAGUGUGCUGACUCGCAAAAGGCUAGCCAGCAAUUAUUAGCCAGAAGCUCUUUUCACCGUUAUGCUAUUAAUUUCAAAAGAAAAACAGUAUUUUAAUCGGCAAUGGUGUAGACAUAAAAAUCCCUUUUUGGAGUCCUACAAGACAUUCAGAAAUUUGAGAAAUUCAUUUUGCCUAAAAUAAUUAUAAAGAGAUGAAGCCUGAAUAAGUCUUUUCGAGACCUUUGCCAUCCAAAAAGGCGAGGUUCUUCAUGAUAAUAAACUGAAGGUGACGAGUUUACCCUUAAUCGACUUAGUUGACGAAGUAAAAUAAUACUUGUUUUCCUACUAACACUGUUCAAAGAGAUGGUUACUUUUUCUUGAACAAUACUUACGAGCACGGAAAUGUGCGGAAUGUAAUUUGUUGCAUUUCUUUUAUUAAUGUGUCUUUUAUGGCAUUUCACAUCAAACUAAUUUCUAUAUCAAAAUGUGAAAUAUAACUUCAAGAUACUAUUCAGUGGUGCACAGUUAGUGGUGCACAUGGUGUUUAAAUGUACGCCAAAAUCAUAGUUAUUCAAAAUACAUGCUUCAAUCACUAGUUCGCAGCAACCUCGCAUAUUGCUCGCAGGCGUGGGCUCCUCUAGCUAUUAAUCUUAUCUUUGACAUCGAAAGAAUUCAGCGGUGCGCAACAAAAUUCAUUCUGUCUAUGCUGUAG